AUGGCUAUUUUCACCAAUAUAGUGGAUAACUAUGUGGAGGUAUUCAUGGAUAAUUUCUCGAUCUUCGGGGAUUCUUUUGAUGAUUGUUUGAGCCAUCUUGAUGUUGUGUUGGCUCGAUGUGAGGAGACUAAUUUGGUGCUUAACUGGGAAAAAUAUCAUUUCAUAAUUCGAGAAGGCAUUGUUCUUGGGCACAAAGUAUCCAGUAGGGGCAUUGAGGUUGACAAGGCUAAGAUUGAGGUGAUUGAAAAAUUGCCACCUCCCGUUUCUAUUCAGGGAGUACGAAGUUUUCUUGGGCAUACAGGCUUUUAUCAACGGUACAUCAAGGACUUUUCCAAGGUUGCUGAUCCGAUGUGCAAGUUGCUAAAGAAAAAUGUAAAUUUCAUUUUCAAUGAAGCCUGUCUGAAGGCUUUUGACAAGCUGAAGGUGAGGUUAGUGAUUGCACCUAUUAUCAUUGCACCGGAUUGGACCUUGUUGUUCGUGUUAAUGUGUGAUGCAAACGAUUUUGCUGUGGGGGUUGUCUUUUGUCAGAAAAGGGACAAGAUUUUUCAUCCUAUUUAUUAUGUCGGAUGCGAAGCCCAGACUUAUUCAUUGGAUGCUGCACUGCAAGAGUUUAAUAUCAAGAUUCUUGAUCGAAAGGGCACAGAGAACCAAGUAGCAGACCAUUUAUCGAGGCUGGAAGAUCAAGAACAUGUUGAUGAAGAUGUGGGUAUCAAUUUUAUGGGUCCCUUCAUACCAUCUAAAGGGAACAAGUACAUCCUUGUGGCUGUCGAUUAUGUCUUGAAGUGGGUGGAAACCAUUGCACUUCCCACCAAUGAUGCUAGUGUGGUAGCAAUAUUUCUGAAGAAGGAUAUUUUCACAAGGUUUGGAACCCCGAGGGCCAUCAUCAGUGAUCAAGGUACGCAUUUUUGUAAUAGGAUUUUUGAUAAAUUGCUGCUCAAGUAUGGGUCGCUGAAGCUUGAUGAUGCUCUGCGAGCUUACAGAACAACCUACAAAACUUCCAUUGGUACAUCUCCAUAUAAUCUAGUUUUUGGCAAGGCUUGUCAUCUACCGGUUGAGCUUGAGCACAAAGCUUAUUGGGCGAUAAAGAAGAUGAAUUUGGAUUUGGUACAAGUUGGCGAAAAGAGGUUGUUACAAUUGCACGAGUUAGAUGAAUUUCGCUAUCAUGCAUAUGAGAACGCGAAACUGUACAAGGAGCAGACAAAAAGAAUUCACGACAAGCGCAUCCAACCUUAUGAGUUUGAACCUAAGAAGUUGGCUUUGUUGAAUAAUUUUCGAUUGAAGAUUUUUGGCGGGAAGUUGAAGAGUAAGUGGUCUGGACCUUUUGAGAUAGCGAAUAGGGAAGGAGCAGGAAUGCAAAACAUGCGAAAAGAAUCAAAAAAUCGCUCCAGGUUUGUCAUUAUGUGUUGCACUCGUGACGUGGGUCUAAUGCCUGAACAAAAUCUGACUGCAAGGAGAUUUUACGCACUGGACCCACGACGCAGGACCAACGCGUGA